UCUAAAGCAACAGAUGAAUUGCAGCACAGUCACAUGUGAGUCCAGAAAGCUCCAUACAAAUGAUGAAUGAGAGAAAGAAAGUCACUCAGUCCUGUUUUACUCCCUCUGCUCUAGAUACCCCCGUUGCAGAGCCGGUGUGUUUCGCCAAUGUGACGGAUGACAAACAGUUUCUGGUGCUGUCCUGCUCCUGGGGUGGAGGGUUCCCGACAGCGCUGCUGUGGUGGAAAGGUCCAGGUGGUCAGGGCAAAGACGGAGAAGAGAGCUCCAACGUUCUGGUUGUUCGUUACAGCGCCUUUCAGUUUGGGAAGGCCUACGUAUGCGCUGCUAAACACCCGCUUGUGACUCAAACAAAAACCUGUGGACUUACACUGGUCCCUGUUAGUAAACCAUCUGUCCUGAUAAGAGACACACUCCCAGUGGAAGGAGCGACGGUAAAGAUGCAGUGCAACGUGGAAAAUGGGACUGAGCCCAUCCAGUAUGUGUGGCAGCGAGAAAUUGAAAGAGGCAGCAUCACAACAUUUGCUCAGGGCAGCAGCAGCAGCAUUAUCACCAUGAGCAACGUCAACCGGAGCCACAGUGGCCGGUACCGCUGUAUAGGCAGCAACUUUCUCAACACUGAAAACUCUGACUGGGUGUUUUUGGACAUUAUCUUUGGCCCAGAUGUUCCUCAGAUUGACGUGACUUCAUACAGUAUAACAGAUCGAGGAUUCUCAGCUCUGGAAACUGAGCCGGUUUCUUUGUCAUGUCAAGCCCAGUCCAAUCCAGCCAGUCAGUACAUCUGGUUCUACAACAACUCCCAGGUGUUCACCGGCCCACAGUACACCAUUGCCAAGAUCCUCCGUGUGCACACCGGUGACUACACCUGCUUGGCACAAAACUCACACCUGAACACGCGCUCCAGGAAAACCGUCAGCCUUAUUGUCUACUACCCUCCAGCUGGCUCCCCCUCCUGCUCUAUGGAAGCGGCUCAGAAUCAUACAUCUCUUAGUCUUCUCUGUUCAUGGUCUGGUGGACUCCCUUCUCCGUCCCUUCGCUGGACUGGGGAUGGAAUAAAAGCAGAACAGGAGGAAACAGAACUGCAAACGAAUCUACAAAACAGUGCUGCCAUCUUGCUGCCGUCUGAAGGCAGGAUUCCUAACAACAGCUUGUUCACUUGCAUUGGUGCACAUCCUGUCAUAAAACAGCAAGCAGAAUGCAGCACGCGUACAUACAUUCCUCCUGCAGAACCGGUGUGUUUUGCCUACGUCACGAACACUCAGCAAUACCUGAUGCUGUCCUGCUCCUGGGAUGGAGGGGCCCCAAAGGCCCUAGUGUGGUGGGAAGGACCAGGGGGCCAAAGCAAAGGAGGACAAGAAAACUCCAACAUCCUGGUCCUCCGUUAUGGGAUGGCCCGAAGUGGGAUACCGUACACCUGCUACGCUAAACACCCACUUCUGGUGGAAGCAAAGAGUUGUAGGCUCACACUGGAGGCCCCGGUGUUGUUGACGCAGCGCAGAGUCAUCUCUGUGUACGAGGGAAGUGACGUUCAGCUCACCUGCAAUCUGAGAGCCAAUUACCUUCCAGCCAAUGAAAUCACCUGGUUCAACAAUCAGGGCGUGGAUGUCCGAGACACGUCGAAGUACAUGCUGCUGCGAACGUCUGCCUGGGCCAACCUGACUGUGAGAGAAACCGACGAGAUGCAGGACAGCGGAGAGUACAGAUGCUCCACUUCAAACGCAGUGGGAGGCGCUGAGAUCAACAUCACUCUGGUGGUCAAGAGAUACCCCAUGCCACCCAAUGCAACCCUGAUCAGAGCGACGUACAACAGCCGACAGCGUAAUGAGGUGGAGCUGGAGUGGCAGGUCAACGGUACGGAGGAGACUGGAGGAUGGACUGGUUUCCACCUGGAGCACCGGUGGGUGUCUGAGCGACCAAACAAGAGAGGGAGCAGCAAUAUUUCACAGCUGCAGAUGGAGGAGAGGAUUUCCUCCCAAGACUGGUACCGUACCGUCAUCCAGGAUCCAGGCAGCAGGAGUCACACAGUUCGAGGCCUGACUCCGACCGUUACCUACCAGUUCCGCAUAACACCCGUCAACCACCGCACCAUCGGACACCCGUCUGUAGCCAAGACUCCAGUGGAGCUGCGUGACAACAUGUACCCUGCUGUGGUUGGAGCAGCUGUUGGUGGGAUGCUCUUUGCAGCCAUUCCUACUGUGCUGCUGCUUGUUUUCAUCAUACGGAACCGGGAUAGCAAUCCUCGACUACAUGCAAUGCUUUUUGGCUCGCAGCACAGCCAAUCCAGAGAAAAUAUUAACUUCCCAGAGGAUGAGGUGGUUGCCGACUCAGAUGGUGGGCUAGAGAACACUACUGGAUCAGGUACAACUUCAGCAGAACCAAAGGCAUCAUCUUCUCUCGCCGCAGGCAAGCAUCUCCCACUGCAGUAACGUAAUGAGCCUUUUACCGCCGUUUGCACCAGCUGCAAGAUCCUAAUUGUACAAAUCUAAAUCAUUUGGGUAUUAUUCAAUCCCGUAUUAGUUUUAUAGACUGUAGGCAGUUUGAUUCGUCACAUCAAGGCAUUUUAUCAAUGUAUGAACAAUUUAUUUGUUUAGGUAGUGACCGAGAUUUAUUUUUUAGUUAACUUUUCCACAGCUGCAGAAGAUGAAGGAAUGAAGGAAGCCAGAAAACAGAAAGAUCUGUGUCUGAAUGUCACCUGUGCAAUGUGUAAUUACGUUACUAUUAGAUUUUUCACAGUUCUUUACCACUCAGUGUCAUUUAGCCUUUACAAGCAAUUGACAGCAUGCUGAGAUAAGGUUUUAUGUUUAUUUCCCCAAACAUUAAAAGUGUGUUUUUAUUUCUACAACAUGCAAACCUAUCUCCAAGACUGUCUGUGUCACAAAAUACUAUGUGUAUGCUUUUGAAAAUGGUUAAGUUAUGCUCAAUUCAAUUUGUUUAAGUAAAUCAAAAGUCAGUUUUACAUAAGGUUCAGCAUUUUUACACUAGAUGUUUUUUUUCCCAUUAAAUCUCUAGGAAUUGUU